AUGGAGCCAGGCUGGGGCUGGAAUGGGACUCAUCACAGCCAGCCUGGGCACGGGCUGGGACUGCUGAGCCCCCAGACCCUGGCAGGGGACCCCAACCUGACCCUCCUGCACACCCGGGAUGAGGAGCUGGCCAAGGCAGAGGUGGGGGUGCUGGCCACCAUCCUGGCUGUAGCCACUGUAGGCAACGUGGGGGUGCUGCUGGCCGUGUACCGCCUGCGGAGGAAGAUGAGCCGGAUGCACCUCUUCAUCCUGCACCUGGGGCUGACCGACCUGGGGGUCGCCCUCUUCCAGGUGCUGCCACAGAUGAUCUGGGACAUGACCUACCGCUUCCUGGGGCCCGACCCGCUCUGCAGGGCAGUCAAGUACCUGCAGGUGCUGAGCAUGUUUGCCUCCACCUACAUGCUGAUCGUGCUGACCCUGGAUCGCUACCUGGCCGUGUGCCACCCGCUGCGCACGCUGCAGCAGCCCGGCCGCCAGGCCUACCUGAUGAUCGGGGGCCCCCGGCGGCCGCCGCCCGCCCCGCCUGGCCCGCUGGACUGCUGGGCAGACUUCAGGUACCCCUGGGGAGCCCGAGCCUACAUCACCUGGACCACCCUGUGCAUCUUCAUCCUGCCUGUCGCCAUCCUCACCGUUUGCUACAGCCUCAUCUGCUACGAGAUCUGCAAGAACCUCAAGGGCAAGACCCAGAGCGGUGCCCCCAGCACGGGGGGGGCUGCAGCAGCUGCUUCUCCAGCUCCCUGCUGGUGGGAGAAGGGCGGGCAGUGCCCCGGCGGGCAGCCCUCCCGGGUCAGCAGCGUGCGCACCAUCUCCCGCGCCAAGAUCCGCACGGUGAAGAUGACUUUUGUCAUCGUGGUGGCCUACGUGGCCUGCUGGGCCCCCUUCUUCAGCAUGCAGCUGUGGUCGGUGUGGGACGACGAUGCUCCUGAUGAUGAGUCCACCAACGUGGCUUUCACCAUCACCAUGCUGCUGGCCAGCCUCAGCAGCUGCUGCAACCCCUGGAUUUACAUGUUCUUCAGCGGGCACCUCCUCCAGGACGCAGCCCGCUGCCUGUCCUGCUGGGGCAGCCCCCAGCCCGGGCUCAGGAGACAGGCCUCCACGGGCAGCCUCUGCAGCAGGAAAACCACCAUCCUGAGCCACAGCCACCAGCCCAGCCCCACCAGCCUCCCCCUGCACGGGGAGUCCACCAACGUGGCUUUCACCAUCACCAUGCUGCUGGCCAGCCUCAGCAGCUGCUGCAACCCCUGGAUUUACAUGUUCUUCAGCGGGCACCUCCUCCAGGACGCAGCCCGCUGCCUGUCCUGCUGGGGCAGGCCCCAGCCCGGGCUCAGGCCUCCACGGGCAGCCUCUGCAGCAGGAAAACCACCAUCCUGA